ACUGUUGACUGAGUUAUCAACGCGGCAAAUUUAGGGAAGCGAUAAGCCGCCACGAUGCUUCUUUUCACUUUAACUAUAGCCAAUAAUUGCUAGACUAGAAUCAGUUUACCCUCUUCCGAAAUGUUCAAAGAGUGGCGCAAGCCGAACCAUAAACGCUGGCAGCCGCAGCAGCAGCAACGACAACAGAAGCUGCAACAGCUGCGACGUCAAAUGCUCGACAGAGAGACGAUGAUUGUGUUUGUGUAUGACACGGAGUGUCUGCAGGACGAAGCUGAUGAUCCGAUUGCCGCUGUGCUGUACUUUCAUCCCAGCUGGGUGUCGGACACCCAAAAGGUGGCACUCUGUGGCCAGCUGAUGGGCACAUCGUAUUUCCUCAAGGACUGCUUCUUCAAGCCUCGCAUUCUGGCUCUGCAGAAUGGUAAAUUUGUGCUCAAGGAAUUUGGACGUUUCGUUUUGGCUGUGGGCACAGAUCGAAAUAUUGCUGAUCAGCUGCUGGAACAUCGUGCGAAUCUCUUGAGCUCACUCCUUAAGUUCUUCCAUCGCGACUUGCAGUCGCUGCACGAUCAGUAUGCACAGCCCGCCCAGCAGCACAGUCGUAAUCUCAGCGAGAAACUAUAUCACAUAUUCGAGACAUAUCUGCCGAUGCUGCAGCGCAACGGUAACACAUUCCAGAAUGUGCCCAAGCUGCGCAUGCCCAAGACCGCCAGUCACAUCUAUCUGGAGGCCAUACAGACGCUGCAAAGCUGCCAGCAAACAAAGGGCAUACUUGGCGGCGCCAUACUCUAUCACAACAAAGUGGUUGCCUCCCAGCUGGGCGAUGUGGUGACCAAGCAAUUGGUGCUGACAGAUCCACGACAUGUGCGCACCACCGCCGAGCAGCUAAACAUGCAACAGUUUCACAUUCCCAAUGGCGUGCAGAUGCUGGUGGUUUAUGUGGAUCAUCAGCAGUAUCGCAAAUUGGCCGCCGAGGCGCAGCGGGCACAGAAUCUUCAGACGACAACAACGCAGCUGGGACAAAGUUCGCUGCCAUUUCAAUAUGCCAAGCGGAAGCUAAAGCGUGACAAGUCGCUGAUCUUUACCCAUAUACCCGAGGAAGAGCAUGCGACGACGACGGAUACGCCGGGCAAGGUGGAGCUGCCGACGGCGCGGCCAAAGUCGAUGCGGCCAACUCAUUUGCCUCUCCGCUUGAAGAGUCUGCAUAGCAAGGAUCUGCCGGAAUCGGGCAUUGCUUCGAUUAACUUCGAUGAGACCGACUCGUAUCCGGAGUUCAUUGGACGUACGAGUGUCUGUAACACUCCCAUGACAGAGAAUAAGGUGCUGCCGGUAGCAAGUGUCAUGUCUAUAUGCGCCAAUCCCGAGGAUCAGGAAGCCGAUGCACACAACUCGAAUGGCAAGCCGGCGAUGGCGUCAUCGUCGUCUCGUCGCAACUCUCUCAAGCUGGAUGUGGAGAAGUUCUUUCAGAACUUUAUCAGUAAUCCGCAUAAGCAGCUGACGCGUCGCAAAUCGUCGGCGGAUUUACAGGAUGCACUGCGUGCCAUAUCAAAAAAGUUGGGCCACAUCACAGACGGCUUCAAGACGGAUGUGAAUCGCAAUGGCACCGGCACCGGUAACGGGAUUGUCGGCGCCAGCAGCGAAUCCUCGCCGGACUAUAUAGAGAGCGAGGAGCGGAUCAGUUCGCGCACCAUUAGCGAUCCCACCUAUCCGGUUUUCAAUGCCAACGGUCAGCAGAUCUCGCGCAGCCUUUUCCAGCAGUUCCUCGAACAGUACCGUAAGCUGUGGGGCGCUGCCAGCGAGCAGGCCGCACAGGAUGCUGAACUGGCGGCGCUAGUUGCCGAAUUCCAGGAGUUCAACAUGGAGAUCCAAAAGCUGGACGAACACAUGCGACAGCAGGCAGCAACCUCAGCAGAAGCUGCAGAUCGCAAUUUGAAUAUAGCAACUGUCAAGACGCCGCUGGACAAACGCUCCAUGUGUCUGCCAUUAAAGUCAGCCGGUGACAAUGUGGACACCACUGUUGGUCAGCGUAGUCGUAAUGGUGGAAGUGGAGUUCCCCUAACACCACUGAUGGCCAAGCUUUCAGUGCUGGCGCUGAACGAGGCGACACCCAUUGAGAUUCAGACACCGUUGACCAGCAGCAAGGUGUUUCCACGUCGCAGAUCUCUAAAUUGCGAGGAUGCUGUCGAUGCACUAGCUGCAUUCAGUGCUCCGCCACCACCCAUUGCCUCUGCACCGGUGGAUGGACUGCAGCGCACAGAGCUCUAUGUGUGCGGACAGCAGAAUAUGACGUUGCUGCUGCUCAUGGAGGAGGGUGCCUGUUUUCAGCAGCCCAUUGUGCAAAAGAUGUUCGACAUUUGCGUGGCGAAAUUUCCGCACAUGGAAUCGCAGUUGAAUCAAACACUGAAUGUGAAUGUGGAGGGCGAUAAGCGCGAUGGCAGCAACUAUAGCUUCAUGUGCAUAGAUGCCAAGUGGGAUGCACUGCAGCGCAACGGGCCAUGGAAUCCGCUCGAGCUGAGCACACUCGAGAGCAUGCACUGCGAUAUGCAGCAGCCAAGCGGCCAGCUCACCGACUUAAUACUGCGUUCGCAUGACUCGGUGUUUUAUGGGUACAAGUGCGGACGCACCGAGUUCUUCUACAAGGAGCCCACACAUCAGAUUAAUGGCAUACCACCGCCCUCGGAUCCCAUUGGCAAUAUCCAAAUGCGUGCCAAGUCGCGCCUGGAACGGGAUCAUUCCUACAUGCUAUUGUAGACGACACAGAAUAAUCAAUUACAUACAAGAAUACUCGCAUGCUUAGCCAAAAAUGAAAAAAAAAGAAGAUAAAAUACACAUAAAGUGUCCAGAUGUUAUAUAUGUAUAUGUAUAUGGGGGAAGCAACCCCAAUGCCAGUUUUAUGCCAUCCGUUCUAACUGUAACUUACUUUGCCAUCUCAGUCUGUGCUGAAACCAGCUGCAAUUAACGCAAUGAAUUCAAAAAUUGAUCAAUUGCAGCUCGUUUGAGCACAGCACAUAUUUUAAACAUAAGCUAAAUGCGCAGCUUUUAGCCAAAUAUUAUGUAUAUUAUUUACAUUUUGUUUUGCUCCAUUCGUGUUAA